AUGGCUGCCAAUCUCCGCUCUUUGCCGUCAAAGUGGAAGGAGGACCUCAAGGAUCCGAAACGCCUCAAGGCCCUCAUCAAGAUACUUUCCCGGCCUCUCCCUAUGGGAAAACCCGACAAGAACCCUGCAAAGCCAAAGAUUCCAGUGGGCAAGAUCGAUACCUUGGUCAGCACAGCGUGGAAUGGUCAAGUGUUUAACCUUGGCCACUGCCUCCUUGACACCACCGAGGCCAAGGGCCAAGGUGGUAAUGCGCAGCUGGACAAGGUUUGCCCUAAGAUUGAGGACAUCAAGAAACCAGACGCAGAUAAGCUGUUUAGCCCCCCCGGCGGUGGUGGUGACAGCGGUGGUGGCAGUGGCGGUGGUGGGCCAAGCGGAGAUCCUAUCGAACACAAGCCCGGACCUGCCGGACCCCUUUGCAACAAGCCCAUUGGACUUGGGAAACGAGACGGCCAGUGCGGGAAGAUAUGCACCGGUUACUACUGCACGCCGACGCCGGUCGGGCCACCCCCCGACUAUCACGACCCGGAGGACCCAGCGCACAAGGUCACCAGGCCUCCGAUGCCGACAUUGACAGGAGCGCCAGACCUCGGUAACUGUCCCAAGACGACGACGCGGCGCUGCGUAGGAAGUGGUGGUCGCGAGACCUGCGAGGACGUCACCAUCUGUGCGCCGACAACGGCAGUCCCUACUCCCACGGCACAACCUACCCCAACAGCAGCGCCGCAGCCAGCCACAUGUCGCAUCCACAUCGCCCAGCACCACUGGUUCAGCUGGACCUCUAACGCCAACGCAAUGUUUAUGGAAGUCACUUCUUAUAUCAACGAAGUACGACAGAACUACGAAUCGGCAAAUACGGACUUUGGCAUCUCGAUGACGUGGUACAAGGCAAGCUCGAGAUUCCCGACGGAUCUUCAGGUUGAUAUUCGCAAGGAAAAGGGAGCUGUGAACUUCAAGAGGGACAGGCCGGCACCGGGCGAGAACCUCGAGAGAAGGAGGCUGUUCAUGUCGUUUGAUCUUUACUUCACAGCCGGCAACCAGCACUGGUCGAGCGGGAACAGGGACGAAAGCAGAAUGCCGUUUUGUCGGGUAGGAGCAUGGGAUGAGAACUCGUGGGAUGGUAUUAAUCAUCUUCAACCGGUAAGUUAA